AAUUAAAUUUAAAUAAAUUUAUGAACAACCAAGAAAGAACCUUCAUCAUGGUCAAACCAGACGGAGUCUAAAGAAGACUUGUCGGAAAAAUCAUCCAAAGAUUCGAAGACAGAGGAUUCAAACUCGUUGCCCUCAAAUUCGUUGCUCCAGACUAAGGUCUUUUGACUUAGCACUAUGCUGAUUUGAAGGAGAGACCCUUCUUCCCAAGUCUCUUAAAAUAUGUCAGUUCAGGCCCAGUUGCUGCUAUGGUUUGGGAAGGAAAGGACGCUGUCAAGACAGGAAGAGUCAUGUUAGGUGAAACCAACCCACUUGCUUCAAAACCAGGCACAAUCAGAGGAGAUUUUGCUAUUGAUGUCGGAAGAAAUGUUAUUCACGGAUCAGACUCAGUUGAUUCAGCCAACAGAGAAAUCAGUUUAUGGUUCUAACCUUAAGAAUUGGUAAACUGGAAUACCAAUGACCACGGAUGGGUUUAUGAAUGAUGAAUGUGUACAAAAUAAUAUAAAUAACAACUUUAAGUAGCCUUUCAUAUU